CCUGUGUGCCGGAGGACGCCGUUGGCUAGCACUGAGCAAAAGAAGCCAGAAAAAUGGCGAACCUCAGGAAAAUCUGUCCUGAGUCUUUGCCCCAUCGGAUCAACUAUUCGCGAAAAACGUUAUUUCAGGGGAAGCUUUUCAUCCUACUAUGUGUACUUAUAGUGGACUCUGGAGGAGCUACCACCCACUGGGUAGUCACAGAAGACGGAAAAAUCCAACAGCAAGUUGACUCGCCUUUAAACCUGAAGCACCCACAUGAUGUUGUGAUAUUCAUGAGACAAGAGACCCGUGUUAACUACCUCAAAAAACUAGAGAAGCAGCUGGUGGCACAGAAGAUCCACAUUGAGGAAAAUGAGGAUAGAGAUACUGGACUAGAACAGAGACACUACAAAGAGGAUGCAGACUGUGUCAUGGCAAAAGUACCUCUGGGAGACCUGGACCUGUAUGAUGGCACUUACAUCUCCUUGGAGAGCAAAGACAUCAGUCCUGAAGACUAUGUGGAUUCCAGGUCAGCUCUGCCUCCAGAUCUAGAAAAGCCUGACUGUACCAAAGUCUUUGAGCUACCAUAUAGUAUCCAUGCUUUCCAGCAUCUUAGGGGUGUGCAGGAGAGGGCAAACCUGACCUCCCCACUACUUUCAAAGGAAGAUCCAAUUUUUAGCUCAUUGUCUCAAAAGCUUGGCCGAAGUAUUGAUGAGGUUGGCCAUCGUAUUCAUCAUGGAUUAUUAAGGAACUCGUCCUCCUGGGUGCUGUACGACAUGGCAUCAUUUUACUGGCGAAUGAAGAAUGAGCCUCAGAAGGCAGUAGAUUGUGUUGUUCGUGCUCUGCAUUUCUCUCCAAGGCAACACAAGGAUGUCGCCUUGGUGAAUAUGGCCAACAUCCUGCACCGCGCCCAUUUCUCAGCAGAUGCUGCUAUUCUCGCCCAUGCUGCCCUGGACCUUACCUCAGAUCUGUUCACUAGCCACUACACCUUAGGCAACAUUUAUGCUAUGCUCGGGGAGUACAACCACUCAGUGCUGUGUUAUGAGCAGGCACUGCAGGCCCAGCCAGGCUUUGAGCAGGCUCUGAGGAGGAAGCAUGCUGUGCUGUGUCAGCAAAAGCUGGAACAGCGCUUAGAAGCUCAGCACAGAUCCCUUCAGCGGACACUGAAUGAGCUAAAAGAGUACCAGAAGCAGCAUGACCACUAUCUUCGCCAACAGGAGGCACUGGACAAACACAAGCUGCUGCAGGAAGAGCAGAUCCUACGCAACAUUAUACACGAGACCCAGAUGGCCAAGGAAGCCCAGCUUGGGAACCAUCAGAUGUGUCGUUUGGGCCAACAGCAACGCAGUCUCUACUGCCCCUUUGACCUGCCUGUGCGUUAUCACCGUGGCGAUCUGUUUGAGCAUGUUCACUAUGUACAAUUUGGAGAGGAGGUGUCAAUUGCAUCUAGUGUGGCACUUGUGUCUGAGCACAACUCAAACCAGACCGCUGCCAGCCCCUGGCUUCACCCCUCUGUGUCUGGAGACCAGGAUCCUGCCGCCGCGCUCUGGGGCGGCCAUCAGGAUUACACACAGGACAUGCAGAGGAUGUUGUGGCCUCAGAGGGCUGACUGUGCCAGUGAGUUCCCAUCGGUUCCCCCUGCUGACCAGCUGCCCACAUACUACAUUCCUCCUGAAACACAAGGCCUCAGCCCAGUGGCAGCUCUACUGUAUGGGGGCACCAGUCCUCCUCAGACAGUCGCUUUGCCAGACUGUGGCCCAGUGCCCCAACCAUAUCCAGCCUCACUGCCUGCCUCAUUAGACUGGCCACUUGAAGAAAAGGAGCUGCCAGAUCCCUUCACCUCGCAGAUACUGCAGCUACGCAGUGGAGGAUGGACACUGGAACAGAUAGGGUCCAGAAUCGCUCAAGCUCUGAAAGAAGCCACUAUACCCCGCUGGCAGGUCCACAAUGAGGCAGCAGUGUUCUGGCGGGCUAAAGGCAAUGGCAGCCGUGCCUUGCAGUGCCUGCGUAAAGUGUUGAGCUCAGCUCCACCGUCCUACCGCCACUUGCCCUUCACCAAUGCUGCUAACCUACUGCUGCACUAUAGCUUGACCACCCACGCACAGACAUUGCUGGAGCAGGCACUGGCACUGAAUGCAUCAGAGCCCCACACCCUGCUUAGCCUGGUGAGCGUGCACUUGGCCCAAGGCAAUGUGACAGGUGCUCUGGCCUUGUUCCGCCAAAUCCUGGUGACAGCCCUUUCCUCCGCCUCUUCCUUCUCCUCCUUCGCUGGCUGUGAACAGUGUCGCAGCAGCCUACCAUUGCUGCGCUGUCUGCAGUUCUACCCCUUCCUUUACAAUCUGUCACACCGGCAGUCCUGUUCACCAGAAGGUGGUGCCUGCAUGGCUGAAGACCUUGGCAUCCACCUGGAGGAGUGGGAAGGCAGCGAGGAGAAGCAGGACGCACCAGCCAUGUCAGCCAUGGAGGACUCACUGCUGUUUGAGAAGGUGAUCCUGGACAGUAAUGGAUCAGGUGAAGCAGCGGGCCAGCAGCGACCUUCUCCCUCCGGUUCAGGAGCAGCAAAAUUGGCCAUCCCGUUUGGCAGUGGAGGAGUAGAAGGGGAGGAGGAGUGGCAGCUGAAGGAGGACUUAAUGGGAGCUUUUGAAGGGGCUCUGGAUGUCGGCGGCAAACGAGGGGACCUGAGAGGCAUUCGGGUGCUAAAGAAUGACCGUGUCAUGGGUGCGCGGGCUGGUGGAGGGCCUUGCUUUGGAAAUUGUGAGGAUGACGAAGGAGCAGAGUGGAUUACCUUUCAAGUAAAGCGUGUCAGGAAGGCCAAAGUGGAUGGGACAGAGAGCGUUACAGGCUCUGACGACAACCAGAAUGCAGAAUCAAUGCCUGGACAGUCUGUGUUGGAGAUCAGUGGACCAACCAUCCCAUCGCCUGGCCCUUCAGGUCGCUGGAGGGAUUACACGAGUCUUGGCUGGCCUGGUCCAGAGGAAUGCCAGCGGACCAGAAGAGUGGACCUCACCACUGUAGCUAGCACCUGGUUGGCUGUGUCUGCGAAGAACAUAGAUAUCACGGAGCACAUCGACUUUGCCACUCCACUCCAGGAGCCAGCUGCCGAGCCUUUAUGCAACGCCAACCUAGCUGCCAGUAUGCACACCCUGGACCACCUGGCCGGGGUGGCCAAUCGCGCUGCCAUCCACUACACAGGAGAAAGCCAGCUGCGUGAGGUUCUGCAGAAUCUCGGCAAAGAUAAGUACUUACCUCAGUCCUUUGAGCAGGUGGGCACACGGAUCGCUAAAGUCCUGGAGAAGAAUCAGACAUCAUGGGUAUUAUCCAGUAUGGCUGCACUGUACUGGAGGGUCAAAGGUCAAGGGAAAAGAGCCAUCGACUGCCUCCGUCAGGCCCUCAACUAUGCCCCCCACCACAUGAAGGAUGUACCCCUCAUCAGUCUGGCCAACAUUUUCCAGAACGCUCGGCUGUGGGAGGAUGCUCUUACAGUCGCCCGUAUGGCCGUAGAAAUCGCUCCACACUUUGUUGUAAACCACUUCACCCUUGCCAACGUCUAUAUAGCAAUGGAGGAGUUUGAGAAGGCCAUGCGUUGGUACGAAUCCACUCUGAAGCUGCAGCCAGAGUUCGCCCCCGCCAAAGACCGCCUCAGAACCAUCCAGUGUUACCUGCUCACCAAGAGGGAACGCCGCCAGCCCUGAAAUACUCAACCAUGCCCAGCCCAAAAGUAGCCCGCACUCAUGCACACACAUUCAUGUAUACACACACACACACACACUCAUCUGUAUAAUACAUAUGACCUGACAAAAAAAUAUAAGACACUAAAAUGUGGUCGAAGCUGAGGUAUCAAGGUUCUAAUUGAGUCUCUGCUCUUUUCUUCUUUCAAUAUAGCUCCCCCACAAAAGGACGUUUGAAACGUCUCUAACUGUAGAUAAUGUUGCCCCACAACAGAAACCUCUCGCUUUCUAACAGUCCAGGACAUGUGACUGGAAACCUUGAUUUUAGCUUGGGGUUUUUUUUUUGGUUUUUUGUUUGUUUUUUCAUUUCUAAAACUGGAGGGAUGGUGUCAUUGACUCCAAUUGGAACUAUUUGUUCUGCUGCAAUAUUUUUCUAACUGGGAAGAAUAACUUGCACUUUUGGCAUUCGGUUAAGAGGGAGUGGCAUUAAAUGAAAGGAAAUGACGUUUAAUUCCAAUGUCAGUCUGGAAAUGCACUGUGUUUUAAGCUAACUUAAUUGGGGAUUUUAAUUGAUUGGGUUGCCAUGCAGUAUUUUCAGUCUUUUUACUGAGAUGUUAAGGAAUGUGCUUCUCGACUAAGGAUCUCUAAGUUUGGAAUUGAACUCUGUAAUAUGCCCAACUCUUUCUGCUUCAUAAAAUGAAUGGGAAGUCUCCAUUUUUGCACUCUUUUCUAUAUCAUUCCUAUUUAUAUGGGACCUACAAACUGUUUUUUUGUUUGUUUUUUUUGCUCCAAGCUAAUUUAACCGCAUAAGCGAGAAACUGAAAUAUGCUAUUCCAUUUGCUUCUUAACUUAUGGAAAUCAUCAUGCAGAAAAAGGAUUUGCCAUUGCCAUUCAUUUAAAAAAACACUAUAAUAUGGAAUCUGUAUUAAAUGUACAGUAUUAAAGGCAGUGUGUGAAUUUCA